AUGUCUUACAGCAACUCAAACCCACAAAAUUAUAGUUCUCCCACCACCGCGAACUCGCCGGAACUUAAACUAUACCAAGCAUUCAUCUUCACUGUCCCAAUCUGCUUCACAUUCAUCAUCCUCUUCAUCUUCUACAUCAUCUACCUCCGCUGCAGCAGAGCCGAUUUGUCUUCCCUCGGAAUGCGCACUACUUUCCUCGUCGAAAACUCCAUCUCCACGGCUGUGUUAGGGUUGAGAAAAGAGCUGAGAGAGAUCCUCCCCAUUGUCGUCUGCUUCUCCGCUAUGGAUUCACUAUGUUCAGUGUGCCUUGGUGACUAUCAAGCAGAUGAUAAGCUUCAACAGAUCCUGUCAGGUGGACAUACUUUUCACAUGGACUGCAUUGAUCUUUGGCUCACUUCACAUUCCACUUGCCCUCUUUGCCGUCUCACUCUUAUCCCGACCCAUUCCCAUCAAGGCCAAGAUGAAGAUCCUCCUAUUCCGAAUCUUAGGACCCCUGAUGGAGGAGUGUCUAGUCAACCUGAAACUCAGCCAGAAGACCACGGAAGUGUUGGCCAAUGUGAUCCGAAUGAGGGUGAUCGAGAUGCAGAGAACUCUAAAGAAACGCGAGAAGAUGAACAAAACAGUAUUGGGACAUCAAUUGAUUGUUGUAAUUGUAGACUUGGUUAAAGAUACAGCUUCCGUUUAGUACUUCAUGUAACUGUAAAGUUUGUAACUUGUAACAUUAGUGCAUUAGAGCUUGAUUCAUAUAAGCAAAGUGACCUCCCUUUCCAGAGAAAAUUGACUUGUGAUCAUCCACUGUGUGUUGCUCGCGAGCUGAAACAGAGUAUUCUUUUUAAAAGGGGUUGAUAUUUGCCAUGCUGAAUUGCCUUAAGUAAUGCAAUAAGAGAAACAUAGUUAAAUUUUGCUAAGAGAGAGAGACUUGAAAUCAGAUAAGCAAUCUCCGAUUUACUUUAUUUGGUCUUGGAAGAAAGCAGAGCUUGGAUUGCCAUUGCUGAUGAGGUUUUCAAGAGCUGUAGCUUUCUUGAGUUUCUCAGUUUCUGGAGAACUGAUAUUACUCAAAUUACUUAAGGAAUGAUUUGUACU